UCUUCACCUUCUUCUCCGUGUUCUCUUCUUAGUUCUCAGGAUCUCUCUAGGGUUCGCAAUACCAGCACGUUUCAUAUCCAAUUCUCUUAUUAUUGUUUAUUUUAAAAGGUUUAAUGCCGAUGGCGGAAACCAACAGCGUUGGGCUCGAUGUUCCAGGCAAUGUUGCUAGUGGUCCAAGCUCAGGGCGUCAACCUGAAGAUAUUGAGUUGAAAACUCAGGUGGAAGCCAUGUGGGAGCAAAUGAAUGGAGGGACUUCUAAUAAGACGCUCAAAGAACUCUUAAAUGGUCCUAGUUCAACUGUAAAUAAAACUUCAUCACAGAUGUCCAAUAACUGGAUUGCAUAUCUAGGCUUGGCACCAAAGGGCACACCACAAGGUGGAUCUAGUGUUGUGCAAAAUGGUACUGGUGAUGAUGAUAAGAAGAUUGCUGCCCUAUGGGAGGAGAUGAAUAAAGGAGUACCUAAAAGGACAUUCAAAACCAAGCCUAGUUCAACUGUGAAUAGCACUUCACAGACAAAAGCCAAUAACCUUAAGCAAUAUUUGGCAUUUGCACCAAAGAAGACAGAAUCCAUUGAGCAAGAUAUGCUGGAUGGUAUCUUGCCACAAAAGAGAUCUAGUGCUAUGCAGGAUGACAUUAGUGAUGAUGCCAAGAGAAUUGCUGCUGCUGCUCUAUCAGCAGUCAGGGAUGCUGCAGCUGCUGGAGCAGGCAGGGGGAAAGUUGGGAUUACUGAGGUACGGGAGUUUGCAGGUCAAGAAAUUGAAUUUAAGAAGCUUGUUGAUGUUGAUUCCAAGGAGGCAUCUGAAAAGACCAAAGGUCCUGCAACUUCUGCUGUUGAUGCUGUUCUCGAACAAAUUAAGAAGAAAUCAAAGCUGAGUGUGCUUGACAAGACAAAGAAGGAUUGGGGAGAGUUUAAGGAAGAGAAGGGACUGGAGGAGGAGUUAGACGCAUACAAGAAGAGCUCGAAUCAGUAUCUGGAUAAGGUUUCCUUUUUGCAAAGAGCAGAUUACCGGGAAUUUGAGAGGGAGAGAGAUGCACGGUUGGCGCAACAGGCCAGGAGGAGGACAGAUAUGCGGGAGGAGCCAUGA